CGCGUCCCAGUGCUGCCUUCCCGCCUGGCUGGCUGAGUGCCAAGGCUGGCCCCGCUGCCUGAGGCACUGGGCUCGGCUGCACCACAUCAUCCAGGCCCAACGCCAAGCUUCCCACGUGACACCCUUCUUGAUCAACUCAAAAGAAAACAAUUCGACUUUCCCAUCAGUUCCCAUAAAAUAAGCCAGGGCGCGUCUAUUUCUGAACAUAUCCUCAAGCCUGUAUAAACCAUGGGUCUCGUUUCAUACGACAGUAGCGACGAGGAUGAGGAGGUCCAACCUCAAGUUGAUGCACAACCUCCGAAACCGGCAGUCAUACCACCAACUUCAGAUAUCCAAACUGCACCCAAACCAAAACCCACCACCACCACCAAUUCAUCAACACCCACCCCCCCUCAACCACCAGCCCCAGGCCCAGCCCUCGGCCCAGUACUAGGCCCAACCUUCGGCCCCUCCCGCCCACCACCGCCAACAACAAACACCAACGACCAAGACCCCUCCGAAGAAAUCGACCUCGCCUUCCUCUCCCAAGACCCCACCCCCCAAAACCAAGACCAAAACACCGAACCCCCCCGGUCCCCGCACACCCGCACCCGCACCCUCCUGCACAACCUGACCCUCCCCGCCGUGCCAAACAUGGACAUCCCCCCCUCGCCCCCCGGCUCUCCACCCCCGGGCCUGGACGCGCUCACGGCCAAGUUUGACACGUUCCUGCGCCUCAAGCGCACGCGGGGGGUGCACUUCAACGAGCGGCUGGCGCGGUCGGCGGGGAUGGCGAACCCGGCUGUGGCGGAUCGGCUGUUGGGGUUUGUGGGGGUGGGGACGGAGUUUGGUGGUGGUGCUGACGCUGAGGGUGGUGGUGAUGGUGGUGGUGAUGGGGUGGAGGGUGGUGUUGGUGCUGGUUCUGGUGGGAGGGGCGUGGAGCAGUAUGCGACCGUGUUGAGUGCGGAGGUCUGGGAUCCGGCGUGUUUUCCGGCGUGGGCGUACCGUGGGCCGUUGAGGAAGGCGCAGGAGAGGGGGACGAAGGAGAGAGAGCGCGGGCGUGGGGAGGCGGUUGAGUUUGUUGCUGCUUCAGCUGGUGGUGCUAUUGCUACUGCUGCGGUAGGGGGUGGGGGGACUGGGUCGGCUGGGGGCAGCAGGUCUGGGACGCCCGGGGUUGGAGGAGCGUCGGGAAGGAAAAAGGGGAGGUGGGAUAUGUGAUGGGUGAACAUUGAUAAGUGCCGUUAUCACUAAAAGAAGUAGAGGACAUGUUGGGUUAUGGGAUGCAAGGUUAUGUACUAGAUAGA